AUGGUACCCCGUACUCAGUCCUCCGCAGCGGGUGUGCUCGCCCUUCUCUCAGAGCCAGAACCUCUGCUUAAACAACAUGCACUGAACACCCUUAAUACUCUGGUUCCCAGGUUCUGGGCAGAAAUUUCAGAACAUAUUGCCCUUAUAGAGUCACUCUAUGAGAGCGAUGAGCUUCCCCAGGCAGCCCAUGACUCCGCUGCAUUGCUCGCCAGCAAAGUUUACUAUUUCCUUGGCGAGUACGACGAAGCACUGUCCUUUGCCCUCGGUGCUGGGACCGCGUUUGAGGCCGAGAGCCGCACACUAGGCGCUGAGGAAUACGUGGAAACUGUCAUCUCCAAGGCUAUUGACAAAUAUAUCAAAGCGCGGUCUCACGAGCAGUCGGAGAAAGAGGGAAAAAUUGACUCCAAACUACAAACUAUUAUUGAAGGCAUCUUUCGGCGAUGUAUUCAGGAUGGGGAUUACAAGCAGGCAAUAGGUAUCGCGUUGGAAUCGCGCCGUCUUGAUAUCAUUACCCAGAUAUACGAAAGGACUCACGACGCUAGUUUGCUCUCGUAUGCUAUGGAAGCUGUACUUGAUACCGCGUUUCCGCUUGCGUACCGCAACCAAGUCCUCAGGUUCCUUCUGCCGCUGUUCCCUCCACCAACGAGUGCGACGAAAUCUCCCCACGUGUACUCACUAACUCGUUUACUGGUCUCGCUUAGUUCGCCUGAACUGACCGUUCCGCUCUUGACAUCCCUCGUUCCAAGCGAAAACCUCCUCGCAUACCAGUUUGCAUUUGAUCUCGUCGAAGGCGGAUCCCAGGAUUUUUUGGAGACUAUUCGUAAGGAGCUGCCUGAAGGUCAAGCGGACACGAAGCCAAUUUACGACAAAUUGCGGCGAAUUCUUCUCGGCCAAGAGUCUAUCAAGUUGUACUUGGAAUUCCUGAAGCGCAACAACAAGGUUGAUAUGCUGAUUUUGAAGAACACCAAGGACGCGUUGGAACCACGGUCUUCAAUAUACCAUACAGCUCUCACUUUGCAGAACGCAUUCAUGCACUCUGGAACUACCUCCGAUACUUUCCUCAGGGACAAUCUCGAGUGGCUUGGCUUGGCUUCGAAUUGGUCCAAGUUCUCGGCUACAGCAGCUCUUGGUGUGAUUCACAAAGGUCAUUUUGAGGAGAGCAUGAACAUCCUCGGUCCAUACUUACCCCAGCCUGCCGGCGAAGACAGUGGUAUUCCUGGCUCACAGUAUUCAGAAGGCGGCGCGCUAUAUGCUCUGGGUCUUGUUAACGCUGGCUGUGGAAGCGGUAGGCACGUAGAAGCAUAUCUGCGGGAUACAUUGAAGGCGGCACAGAAGGAGGUUGUGCAACAUGGAGCAUGUCUCGGUCUUGGUGUCGCGGGAAUGGGCGGCAAGAAUGCUGAGACAUACGACGAGUUGAAGCAGAUUCUGUUCACCGAUUCUGCUGUUGCGGGCGAGGCUGCGGGCUAUGCAAUGGGUCUUACUAUGCUCGGAACGGCAGAUGCUACCAGCGCAGACGAGAUGCUGAUGUAUGCACGGGAAACUCAGCAUGAAAAGAUCAUUCGCGGCGUUGCUAUCGGGCUUGCGUUUAUCUACUACGGGAGGCAAGAGGAGGCCGACGAGAUGAUCAAAACCCUCAUUGAAGAAAAGGAUCCCAUUCUCCGUUAUGGUGGUGUGUACACGCUGGCCCUGGCAUAUGCUGGGACUUCGAACAACGAUGCCAUCCGCAAAUUAUUGCACGUCGCGGUUUCAGAUACGUCGGACGAUGUGAGGAGGGCUGCAGUCACAUCUCUGGCAUUCCUGCUGUUCAAGAACCCGUAUCAAGUACCUCGGAUUGUACAGCUCCUCAGCGAGAGCUAUAAUCCUCAUGUUAGAUGUGGUGCGACUCUGGCACUUGGUAUCGCUUGUGCUGGCACCGGCUUGCAGGAUGCCGUCGAAAUCUUGGAGCCGAUGACCAGAGAUAGUGUAGACUUUGUCCGCCAAGGGGCGUUCGUUGCACUCGGCAUGGUCCUCGUCGAGCAGUCGGAAGCAUCGUCACCCUCACUUGCGUCUACGCGCGCGUUGUACUUGAAGAUUGUUUCGGACAAGCACGAGGAUCCGAUGGCUCGGUUCGGUGCAGCCUUGGGACAGGGUUUGAUCGAUGCGGGUGGUCGGAACGUGACGAUCAGUUUGCAGAGUCGCGCUGGAAGCCGCAACACCAAUGCUAUCGUUGGUAUGGUGUUGUUCUGCCAGUUCUGGUACUGGUACCCGUUAGCACACUGUGCUUGUUUGGCGUUCGAUCCCACUGGCAUUAUUGGUCUAGACGGUGAUUUGCAGGCGCCCAACUUUGAGUUCGUCUCCAACGUUAAGCCCAGCCUCUUCGCUUAUCCAGCGCCCACAAAGCCGCCAAAGAAGGAGGCUGUGACAAAGGUAGCCGCCGCCGUCCUAUCCACGACGGCGAAGGCGAAGGCCAGAGAAAAGAAGAAGGCAGCUGAAAGCGAUGCCAUGGAGACUGAUGAGAAGCAGGAGACAAAGAAGGACGUCGAUGUUGAGAUGAAGACAGAUGAGCCCUCAACAUCGAAGCAAGGUGAUGUGACGCCUGCGGAGGGAAAUUCGAUGGGCGUGUCAAAACGCAAGGAGCCGUCCUUCGAAAAAUUAACCAACUUCUCGCGAGUGGUACCUGCGCAGGUGGCCUACAUCAGCUUCCCGCCCGAUUGCCGGUAUCAGCCAGUGCGAGCGGUGUCGACAUGGACCUCGACCGGUGCCAAGGCCUCCAAGACUCCAAGUAAUGGCCCAAAGUCCUCCAUCCCUGGCCUGUCCUCAGACAAGCAUGCAGGCGGCGGCGGCAUCCUGAUCAUGAUCGACCAGCGUCCGGAGGAGGAGCCAGAUUACAUCGACUUUGAGACGCAGACGAUCCAUGCUGAUGCACAGGGUGUCCCUGCAGUACCUGAGGACCGACAUGCACUGGUGCCGGAAGGGCGUCACAUCUCGCUAGAUGAGAACGGCCCAGAGGCGGAUCCUCCCGAGUCGUUUGAGUACCCUUUUGACAAUGAUACAUAG